ACCAGAAUCACUCACUUUCAAUUCAAACAGACACACCAGUAGUAGCAGUGUUUCUUAAACUCUAUAAAUUACUAUUCUCUUCCUCAAGUGGUGUACUAUUAUUAGAAACAAAAAUAGAAAUGGAAAUGGAAAUGGUGGAGGUCUCAACAACAUCGUCAUCAUCAGCUGUUGUUGUUGUAGUAGUAUUAUUAGUCAUAAUUAGUGUGACAUGGUGGUUUUACAGAGUAGUGAAUUGGGUGUGGUUGAGGCCUAAAAGGCUUGAAAAGUGCCUCAGAAAACAAGGCCUUCGGGGGAACCCUUACAGGCUUCUGUACGGAGACCUGAAAGAUAGCUCUAUAAUGAUCAGCCAAGCCAGGUCCAAACCCAUCAAUCUCUCAGACGACGUCGUUCCUCGGAUAUUACCUUUUCCUCAUCACACAAUCAACAAUUAUGGUAAAGAUUCAUUUAUGUGGAUUGGACCAAUACCAAGAGUGAACAUCACAAACCCGGAAUAUUUGAAAGAUAUUUUUAUGAAAAUCGGCGAUUUCCCAAAACCACAUUCCAAUCGACUUUUUCAGUUUCUAGCUAGGGGCCUAGCAGAUUAUGAUGGCCACAAAUGGGCCAAACAUCGGAAAAUUAUCAAUCCGGCUUUCCACGUCGAGAAGUUAAAGGAUAUGGUGCCAGCAUUUUAUCUAAGCUGCAGUGAAAUGUUGAAGAAAUGGGGGCAAUUAAUGGAUGGAAGUGCGAAAGAAUGUUGUGAGGUAGAUGUGUGGCCUUACCUUGAAAAUUUGACUGGAGAUGUCAUUUCUCGGACUGCUUUUGGGAGUAGCUACGAAGAAGCUCGAUCCCUUUUCCAACUCCAGAAAGAGCAAGCUCAACUUGUUGUAAAGGCCAUGCAAUCUGUUUAUGUUCCCGGAUGGAGAUUUGUGCCAACAAAGAUGAACAAGAGGAUGAAACAAAUCGACAGUCAAGUACGAACUGUUUUGAAGGACUUGAUCAAUAAAAGAGAGAUUGCAAUGAAAGCCGGAGAAGCUCCCAACGAUGACUUGUUAGGCAUACUCAUGGAGUCCAAUCUCAAGGAGAUUCAGGCACAUGGGAACAACAACAACGUUGGACUUAGUAUUAGAGAUGUGAUUGAGGAAUGUAAGUUGUUUUACUUUGCUGGCCAAGAGACCACAUCGGUCUUACUCGUUUGGACUAUGGUCAUGUUAAGUAGGUUUCCUCAUUGGCAAGCUCGCGCUAGAGAUGAGGUUUUGCAAGUCUUUGGCGAUAACACUACUCCGGACUAUGAUGGCCUAGCACGCCUCAAAGUUGUUACUAUGAUUUUUUACGAAGUUCUAAGGCUUUAUCCACCCGUAGUUUUGCUGGUUCGAACUGUUGACAAGCAAACACAGCUUGGAAAUUUGUCACGGCCAGCAGGGGUACAAGUGUCCUUACCCACCAUCCUUGUCCACCAUGAUACCGAGCUGUGGGGAGAAGAUGCCAAGGAGUUCAAGCCGGAGAGGUUCGCAGAAGGAGUUUCCAAGGCCACCAAAGGCCAGGUUUCCUUCUUGCCCUUCGGCUGGGGGCCUCGCAUCUGCAUCGGCCAAAACUUUGCCUUGGCUGAAGCCAAAAUGGCCAUGGCCUUGAUUCUACAACGCUUCACUUUUGAGCUCUCACCUUCCUAUGCUCAUGCUCCUGCAACCGUUGUUACCCUUCAGCCACAAUAUGGUGCUCACCUAAUUCUACAUAAAUUAACGUAAUAUUAGUUGUACCUCUAUCCUAUUCAUAUGCAUAUACCACUAUAUGUUUAUGUAUAUGUAUAUAUAUAUAUGUGUGUUUAUACUGCUAGCUUUGUAUAGCUUGAUGCUACUAUACAACACAUAAACAGUUGCUUGAAAAUUAAUAAUGAGAAUAGCCUUUACAUUUUUACUCA